UGGACUGAUUCUCUUAUUGGUUUUCUAGUUGUUUUAAAAUAUUUCAAAACUUACGAUGAAGAAACAUGUACUUACGAACAUUUUUUAAAUGAAUUAAAAGAAACGAUUAUAACCUCGCCACCAUAUACUGAUGACUGGAGCAGUUUACAUGCUUUUAUUACCAACGUUCAAGGGCGCUUCUGGGUUGUAGUUAUAUUUUAUGGUAUAGUACGAUCCAGAGGUUUUGCUGAAGUUUUCGGUGCCCAAGUGAUGAGUAAAGAGUGCUUCUGGGUUAAUGAAAAUGAUAAACGUCGACAAAUGAAAUCAUUUUUCCAAGACAUUGUUCUUGAACGUGAAAAGGAAACAUAUCAAGAAAUGGAUUCCAAUCAGAUGUGGACAUUAAAAAGUGGUAGAAAGGUAGAAGAAGUUAUUUACGCAUUUGCCAGAAAUCUUUUCAGAGAAUCAUAUUUACAUUCGUUUAUAAUUAAUGACGUUGAUGUAGAAGCCAAAUCGUUGUUUGCUAAUGAAGAGUGGAAAGAGAUCACUACUUCAGAGGUUAAGGACAAGCGAAGUCUCGAACAAUCUCACAUGAAUUUGUUGAAAGAAUAUACGGUUGACAAUGUUGAGAAAUUACAAGAAAUUAUUUUUGAACCAGCAAUGUUAUUCUUGUGGCAGAAGGAUGAAAAUCCUUUCGACUCUGAGAAACUGGAGGGCUGGUACGAGAUGAACGUCUGGAGCCACUUAAUUGAUCCAGCUUUCCACAAUCUGAACAUUGAUUUAGUACGUGGCGAAGGGAUGAGUAAGGCGUCGAGCGAUAAAAAGAAUCUAGAAAGAAAAAUAUAUGAUCGAAAAAAAAUUGGAAAAAAGGGCGAUGGAGUUUUUAGAUUGUGUAAGGAUCGUCUGGAAUUCAGCGCUAUAGAAGCAGGUCGGAAAUGGGAAGGGGAGAAGGGGACUAAAUACAUGCAUGAUUCUUUAAAAAUAUGUAAAAUGUUAAAGGAUAUGAUUUCACAGCUUGCUGUUGUUUUUGAUGGGAGAGCAGAACUUGUCAGGAAGUUGGACUAUCCAAAAGGAUAUAUUUCUCAGAUCAAACGUAGAAAAUUCUAUAAAGUUUCUGGACGUCUAACUAAAUCCAAUCCAUUUGCUUUAGUUCUGAAAGAGAUAAAUUGCGCAAAAUCCAUUAUCUCACGAAUGUUGGACAUGAUAAACCAUAAAGAUGACGUUGAUUUUGAGAAUUUCCUUAACGACUCUGAUGAAGAGGAUAAAUGUCAUGUGUCUUCUCCCAGAGUUAACACACCUCCUACUUUCAGCACUCCGAAGAAAAAGAGAACAAAAAUAUAUAUAGCAAUGGCUUAUAUCUCGAAAAUACCUAUUAUCGCUGGAAUAGACAAGUGGUAUUCAUCCCAAAAUGAAAGAUAUGUUAAAUUAGGCAGUUAA